AUUAUAUGUACUGUAAUAUCCUUUGCCAUCCCUUGCCGGCCUAUGCCUUUUUUGGCCAGCCAGAAGGAUUUGGAGGAGGAUUCUCUCGAUGAAUCGAAAAGCCGCGCCGACAAGCGGGCCGUGCGCGCGCAGCCGCGCACGGGCGGUCGGUGGGCACGUGGCUUCCGAUGCGAUCCAGGCCGGUGGCUGCUUCUUCUGAGGAACUUCUUCCGGCGCUGGUAUACCCUGGGCCUUUUGCUCAUCGUGGCCAUGUGUUUGCACGCCGAUCAGAACCUGGCAGCGCCCAAUUUGAGCGCAAUUGCGGAGGACUUCGACUUGACGCCCCUGGAAAAGGACAGCAAGUUAGGUGGGCAGGUGCAGCUGGGCUUCUUCUUCGUUGGAGGAGCCACCAGCUUGGCCUUGGGUCCCUUAGCGGAUCGGCUGAACCGAGUGAAUCUGCUGUUGGCCGUGGUGAUCUUGGGGAGCGUGCCCUGCGCGCUCAUUAAGUAUAUUCCAUCGGGCGACUCGGGCUUCUUGUGGUAUUUCUUAUGUCGAGUCCUCACAGGUGUCUCCGUGGGCGGCUCCUUUCCUUUGCUUUACUCGCUCUGCGGCGACCUGGCCACCCCGGAGCAGCGGGGCUUGGUCUCUGCGGCCAUGGGCGUGGCGACGUCCAUUGGCGUGGCGACGGGACAGCUCUUAGCCGGUUUCUUAGGGCCUCGCUGGGGCUGGCGGAUUCCCUUCGUGGUGGUGGCCUAUCCCGCGAUCUUCUUCGCGUGUUUGCUUUGGUUCACCGUGCCGGACCCCAGAGUCAUCCGUGGCCUCUCCCGCGAGGAGGGCCUGGAGUUGUCGGUGCGGAGUCCCAAGGCCAGCAGCUCCACGGAAGCCUAUCAUGCAGAGAAGGAGGCCUUCAACGAGGAGCCGCAGCCGGAAAGCGUGGCCUCAGUGGUGUCGGAGGUCUAUGAGCGAAAUCCCAGUCACGCGGAGAAGAACAUCAGCACCGAGUUCUCCGAGGUGCAAGCAGCUGUUGAUGGGCAUGCAGCCAUCACGGAUUGCAACCGUUUUGGCCUGGUUUGGCGAGGCACCUCCAAUCGGAUCUUCUUAUGUCAAGCCGUGCCCGGCUGCAUCGCGUGGUCCACGGUCACCACCUUCGUUCCGGACUACUUGCACAAGGAGCAAGGUUUGUCCGUGGAGAACGCCACGGUCUUGGUCUCCUUCUUCGGCGCCUCCUGUCUGCUCUGGGCGCUCCUGGGCGCCACCAUUGGCCAGCGGAUCUACCACAGAAACAAGGGGCACCUGGCCUAUUUGAUGGCUGCCUGCACCUCGAGUGCCGUGCUGCCCUUCUUGCUGCUGAUCAACUCGCAGCCGGAAGCCUUGUCCUCUUCGGACGGAACAGGCGCCUGGCCGAGUUGCUGGGCCUUGUCGCUGGCCUUCCUUGGCGGCGCCGCCGCGGUCACGAAUCCGAACUUGAAGGGUUUGCUGAUGAACGUGAACACCUCUGCAACGCGUGGCACGGUCUUUUCAUUGGUCACCCUGACGGACGACGUGGGAAAGGGCCUCGGCCCCGAGGUGGUGGCCUUCUUCGUGGAGGCCUUCGGCCGCCGAAGCGCCCUGAGUGGCGCCGUCAGCUGCUGGUUACUUUGUGCGGUCUUUCUCUACGUCUCCCGCUGGACCAUUGUGAACGACGUCCUUCGCGUGGAGCGCCUGGAAAAGCUGCCCUCGGACGCCGUCUGAGACCGCCGGGUCUCGGACGCUCCCGGCGGUCCGUGCGACGCGUCCUCCUUUCCGUCGUCUCCAAGAGAGGGCGGGAGAGGAAGGAGCAGAGCGGAGAUCUGAUCUGGUGUGGUCUUGGAUCGGGGCGAGCGGAGUCUGUUUUCUAGAGCGGAGGGGGC